AUGGCACGAACCUCAAUAGCAGCCAGCGGUUCCGAUCCUACCACCAUAACCCUAACACGACUCCUCACACGACUUCAUCAAACCCUCAUUAUUCCCAAUGAAGCUACUGAAACUAAGCUGCACACCUCCAGCAUCGAGCGAGAGAAGCUCGGAACGAGUAUAGAAUACGCUAACGGUCUACUGCUCGAGCUGGAGCAGGAAGCCCUGAAUAUUAAGAACCCAAACAAGAAGCAAGAGACGCAGGCGGAGUUAUUCAAGAAGCGGGAGUUGAUCUUGCGGUUAGAGGAGCGACUAGGAGAAUAUGAGGACGUUGGCAACGACGACCAGGCCCUAGAAGAAGAAGGAGAUGCAUCCGAGGGUGAAGACCUCCUCGGCGCAGACACACCUUCCUCAUCACCCUCGCGCGCCUCAGCACCCUCUCCAACCCAAACCCCAGAACCCAUCUCACCCAUCGACUCCCAACCGCCCAUUCAAUCACAACCUCGACCGCAAACAGAAACAGAAUCCACCCUCCGCGCCCGCAACCCCACUCUCUUCGAAGCACGCUCCGAACUCCUCGGCACCUCAUCCGCAACAUCCACUGGCCCCCCAAUAACAAGCACAACAGAAGCCCUCCUAACACACAACCGCACCGAGCAAGAAGCCCUAACUACCUCCCUCCUCAACAUGGCGGCCGCCCUCAAAUCUUCUUCCAAAGCCUUCUCCAGCUCGCUGGAAUCAGAGAAAGAUAUCGUGGAUCGGGCUGCUGAGGGUAUGGAUAAGAAUACGACGGGGCUGGAACAGGCGAGUCGGAAGAUGGGUAUGUUGCGCAGUAUGAGUGAGGGGAAGGGGUGGUGGGGCAGGAUUUUGCUGUAUGCGUGGAUUGCAGGGUUGGCGGUGCUGGCGUUUGCGUUGGUUUUCGUGGGGCCGAAGUUGAGGUUUUAG